AUACAGUCAGUCACUGAGACUCCACCCACUGGCUGGACCUCCACGCCUAACUCCUCCCUACUGUCAACAAAAAUGGCCGCCGCGGGAUCUCGCCCAAAGCUCUGAGACAAAUGAGAAUGGUAGCAGGAGCACCGCCCACUUGUGGGCAUGCCCUUCUUAAAAAUGGCUACCAUGGCGCUUCUGGAAAGUAACCGCUCUGGGCCCCGCCUUUGAUCUCGUUGGUGGGGCUGGGGGAUGAGAGCUGCACCGCGCGGGACAAAUCGCCGGCGGCGCCCGACGGAGCAGAAGAGAGAGCAUGGAGCUGGAGAGGAUUGUCAGUACAGCCCUCCUUGCCUUUGUUCAGACGCACCUCCCAGAGGCUGACCUCAGCGGCUUGGAUGAGGUCAUCUUCUCCUAUGUGCUCGGGGUCCUUGAGGACCUGGGCCCCUCAGGCCCAUCGGAGGAGAAUUUCGAUAUGGAGGCCUUCACUGAGAUGAUGGAGGCCUAUGUGCCUGGCUUCGCCUACAUCCCAAGAGGUACAAUAGGGGAAAUGAUGCGGAAGCUCUCAGGGCAGUUGAGUGGUGCCAGGAACAAAGAGAACCUGAAACCACAGAGCUCUGAGGUCCAAGGUCAGGUAUCUGUCUCCCCAGAGCCUCUGCAGCGGCUCAAAGAAGAGACGAUGUCUUCUCUGACUGCUGCUGGGGACACCCAAGAUGAGGCAUCCGGCGCUGAGGAGGAACUGCUGCCAGGGGUGGACGUACUUCUGGAGGUGUUCCCUACCUGUUCGGUGGAGCAGGCCCAGUGGGUGUUGGCCAAAGCUCGAGGGGACUUGGAAGAAGCUGUGCAGAUGCUGGUAGAGGGGAAGGAGGAGGGGCCUCCAGCCUGGGAUGGCCCCAACCAGGACCUGCCCAGGCGCCUCAGAGGCCCCCAAAAGGAUGAGCUGAAGUCUUUCAUCCUGCAGAAGUACAUGAUGGUGGAUAGCGCAGAGGAUCAGAAGAUUCACCGGCCUAUGGCUCCUAAGGAGGCUCCCAAGAAGCUGAUCCGAUACAUCGACAACCAGGUAGUGAGCACCAAAGGGGAGCGAUUCAAAGAUGUGCGGAACCCUGAGGCUGAGGAGAUGAAGGCCACAUACAUCAACCUCAAGCCAGCCAGAAAGUACCGCUUCCACUGAGGCACUCGCCAGACUGCCGGAGCCGUCUAGGCUCAGAUCCCAGAGGGAUGCAGGAGCCCUACACCUCCACACAGGGCGCGCCGUAACUCCUGUCCCCCGUCUUUCCCUACUUCCUCGCUCCACAGUGUUAACCUCCUCUUGGAGCUGCCAUGGGCACAGUAAAGGUAGCCCCAGGAA